UUUGGGGUGCCCCUGAGCCCCGCCCCCCCCAGGCUGACCGAGGAGAGCCGCCGGAUUUUUGGGGAGCUCGGCAGCGCCGUGGCCAAAGAUUUGGGGUUCAGGGACAGUUGGGUCUUCCUGGGGGCCAAGGGGGUGCAGGACCGGAGCCCCUUCGAGCAGCACGUCCGGAACAGCCGCGGCUCCAACAAGUACGAGGGGUGGCCGCAGGCGCUGGAGCUCGGCGGCUGCGUCCCCCAGCGGCCCCCGGGGUGACCCCAAAAACCGGGGGGACCCCAAAACAUCCCGGGGGG